ACGUACCUUAUCAUCAAUCACGUGAAACACUGACGUCAGUGUCGGCAGCACCUUGUGAAUCUAUUCGCGCCAAACAAGAAAAUCGCAAUGGCAGAUACGGGGCCCAAAAGAGCCGCUAAUCUCCCUUGGGUUGAGAAAUACAGACCCAACAAACUUGACGAUUUAAUUUCUCAUCAGGAGAUCAUAAAAACAAUUCAGAAGUUUAUGAAUGAAGAUCGACUCCCCCACCUGCUGUUCUAUGGACCUCCUGGUACAGGGAAGACUUCAACCAUUCUCGCAUGCGCCAAACAGCUGUACUCACCCAAGGAAUUCAACUCCAUGGUCCUAGAGCUGAAUGCUUCAGAUGACAGGGGUAUCGGUAUCGUCCGUGGGCCCAUCCUCAGCUUUUCCAGCACCAGGACCAUCUUCAAGUCAGGCUUCAAGCUGGUCAUCUUAGACGAGGCCGACGCGAUGACCAACGAUGCCCAGAAUGCACUCAGGAGGGUGAUUGAGAAGUUCACAGAGAACACCCGUUUCUGUCUGAUCUGCAACUACCUGUCCAAGAUCAUCCCAGCUCUGCAGUCACGCUGUACCAGGUUCCGGUUCGGACCGCUCAACUUACAGCAAAUGGUUCCCAGAAUUCAGCAUGUCAUCAACGAAGAAGGAGUUACUGUGACUGAAGAUGGUAUGAACGCGCUGAUCACAUUAUCCAGAGGAGACAUGCGACGAUCCAUCAACAUUCUACAGAGCACCAACAUGGCGUAUGACCUGGUCAAUGAGGAGAACGUUUACCAGUGUACGGGGCACCCACUGAGGUCGGACAUUGAGAGCAUUGUUGACUGGAUGUUGAAUAAAGACUUCACCACAGCAUAUAACAACAUCAUGAAGCUGAAAACUCUGAAGGGCCUAGCCCUGCAAGACAUACUGACUGAAGUCCACACAUACGUGCACAGAAUUGAUUUUCCAGUAAAAGUGAGGAUACACCUUUUGGACAAGAUGGCUGAUGUGGAGCACCGUCUGGCUGCGGGUACCAGUGAGAAACUUCAACUCGGCUCGUUGCUGUCGGCUUUCCAAGUGGCUCGAGACAUGGUGAUGGCCGAGGCAUGAUAGGAUACCGUGGCUGAAGCAUUCUUGGAUACCAUUGCUAAAGCAUUCUGGGACUGAUGAUGCCAUUCAUCUUGAACAGUGUUCUUAAAACCACAUCACUGAUAAAUGGUUCGCCGGAUUUUUUGUCAGUGACUGUUGCCUGGCAACUGAUGUCUGUUGCCUAGCAACGGAAGGCUGUUGUCAGAGUUCAUGGAGGAAGAAUGAACGUUAUAAUCCUGAUUAGGAAAACAAGUCUGAGAAAGAUUUCAGUUUGCAAAAUAUUUCAGGUUAGAAAACGUUCAAAUGCUUGUGACUCCGGAUUUGACCUUUUAAAAGAUAUACUGUAGUGGACACAGUAGGAAAGUGCUAUUUUAAGUUGGUAAGGCCGUUUUUUUUUAAUUACUUGGAUUACGGAAUUUUUGGGUCCCCAUUUCCGGCGGCGAGCGGGAAAUGAAAAAAAAAAAAAAAAAAAAAAAAAAAAUGGGGGCGCCC